UUUUCCGCCCAGCGUCCUGGAGAGCCUCCUUCCUUCCAGGCAGGCUUUGGUGCUUGUGCUGGUGCUGCCUUCCUUGCCUUGUGCGAGUCGCGAGCUGGUCUUAAUAAUGUGUAUUAUUGUUCUGCCCCUCUCCCCCCCGGAUCAAUAUUGCGAGGUUGCUCGUCAUCCUCGGAGCAGCAUCAGCAGCAGCGCCCCUGACAACCAGGGGGAAGGAAUGGUGGGCGUCCUCCUCCUUCUCUCCUCGAUGCCAUGGCUGGCGGUACCGCGUGGUGCGCGACAGGCUGGACGAUGUGGCAUUGAAAGCCACGGAUGAUGAUGGUUUGUGUCGUGGAGUUGCUUGAAGCAGACCGAUUACGGAGAGAGCGAGAGAGGGAGAGUGAGAGAAUGAGCGCGAGCGAGAUAGGGAAUGGCUAGUUUGCAGCCCUAGACGUAAUGGUGGCACUGUAAUGCUGGUCGUGCGAACAGGGCGACCAUGGCAAUGCUCACAUAGGUGUGGUGAGGGAGCGGAGGUGUUCUUGUGAAGUAGCAAGAAUGGGCCAGGGAGCCUCGACGGUAACAGCGUGCUCUGGGAACCCUAGUCGCGUGCAGGAGGACGAAGACGACGACGAGAGGGAGGGUCAUCGCAAAGAGCAGGACGAGGAGGAGGAAGAGGUCGAGGACGGAAAUGACUGGACCCUGUACGCGCCAGACGAGUGCGUGGCGUCUGUGUUUCGGAAGCUCCCAACGGCAGAUCGGAAUCGAUGUGCGUUGGUGUGCAAGCGAUGGCACAGGGUGGAGGGGCAAGGGAGGCAGAGGUUGUCGCUGCACGCUGUGGCUGAGUUAGGGUUGGCGCUGCCGGGUCUGCUGGACAGAUUUCCGCACAUUACAAAACUUGCGUUGAAGUGCGACCGGCGGACGGUGAGCAUCGAUGACGAGACUCUGUGUUCGGUGGGACGGGCAUGCCGGCAAUUGCAAAAGGUGAAAUUGAAGGCAUGUAAGGGGCUGUCGGACCGCGGGCUAGAGGAAUUCGCGGAGCUGGUAUCGGGGACGUUGCGAAAGUUUUCAUGCGGGUCGUGUCAAUUCGGACCGCGGGGGAUCAAUGCGGUGCUGUAUCACUGCUCGAAUCUGGAGGACUUGACAGUGAAGCGGCUGCGGGGGUUCGUCAUGCCCAAUCCGAGCACGGCCGAGCACGUUCUGCCGGGCUCCUGCAGCAUCAAGAGGUUGUGUGUGAAGGAUUUGCCCAGCGCGCAGCUGCUGGGACCGCUGAUUGCGGGGUCGAAGAGUUUGCACACUUUGAUUCUGAGUCGGGUGCCUGGGAAUUGGGACCUUCUGCUGGAGAUUAUCACGGAACAUACGACGAGUCCGGUAGAGUUCCACAUGGAAAAGGUGGGCGUGACGGACCGGGGGUUGAAGGCUGUGGCACGGUGGAGCAAUCUACAGGUGCUGUACCUGGUGAAGCCUACAGAGUGCACGAACCAGGGAUUGUCUGCAGUUGCGAGCGGGUGCCCUCUGCUGCGGAAGCUACACGUGGAUGUGAUGAAGAGUAGUCGGGUUGGAGACGAGGGACUGCUGAUGGUGGCGCGGAAGUGCAGGCACCUGCAGGAGCUGGUAAUAAUCGGGGUGAGCGCGACAUCGGCGAGCCUGAGUCUAGUGGCAUCGGAGUGCUCCCGGCUGGAGCGUCUGGCGAUCUGCACGAGCGACACAUUCGGAGACCCGGAACUGUCGUGCAUAGCGGACAAAUGUUUGGCGCUGAAAAAACUAUGUAUUAAGGGGUGUCCUAUCUCGGACCGGGGGAUGGAGGCACUGGUGAGCGGGUGCCCGAGCUUGGUGAAGAUGAAGGUGAAGAAGUGCAGGAAUGUGACGCCAGCGAGCGUGGCUUGCCUUAACUCGAAUCGAGUGUCACUAGUUGUGACACUGGAUGCACCUUCUACAACUUCGAAUGCCGCUCAUAACGGUGUACCACCUGGACCGGUUAAUGUGAUCGUAAAUCCUGGGAAUAAUGUGCGCCCCUCGCAUUCAAGGACACCUUUGGCGAGAGCAAGGCUUGCAAUCAAUCUUGUCGCAUGUCACGUGCUUCGGUGGUCUGCCUCUAAUGGCUCGUAAUGAUGCACAGAAUGGUCCUGAAAACUUUCUUUUGCAGUAUUUGGAAAAGGCUUUAGGAGUUAAAUGUGUACGUGUCACCUCUUUGGCUGUUACACUGGAAAGUAUUGGACGAACAUGGCUGGUCGGUAUCUACGUCCAUUUUAUGUUUUCCGUCAUUUACUGAUUUCUGCUUACAGCUGGGCUGGUUGCAUCAGCGCGCAGGCUUCCCCUACUGGCGUUCCGCAGUCUCCACUCCCCUCAGCAGCUGUCGUCCAUACAUUAAGAAGGGAACAGUAGGAUGGGCUGUGGUGAUCCUCAAGAUCAUUCCAUAACUUUUUUCCUCAAAGUGGGUUUUAUUGACAAUUCUUCAGAGGAAAAGUUUCUGUCAUGUUGAUAAACACGUGAAUGCCUGUCAAACGGUCAGAGAAGGCACUUAGACAAAUUGAUCGCAGUGUCUUUGAAAUAGAUUGUACAUUCAUUUCAUUUUCAGAUGCAGUACCAUUGAUUGGUUAUGUUACAGUA